GACAAAUGUAACGCGACGCCGACCGACUGACCGCCAUCCCCGCCGUGGCAAGGCCAACGUCAUGUGGUAGCGUCGAAAGCGGCGGCGCCUGGGCUCUUGUCGCUCCUGGCGUGGUCAUGCCAUGAGUUCCAUAUGUGUGUUGCCACCUCGAUCCGAGCAACGUGCUCGGCACGAAACGUACCUUCGACCACGGCGAGGAAAAAUGCACGACAAAGAUGGCCGUCGAUGGUGCGACGGCCUUUGCGUGCGUCUUCGACUCAAGUUGGCGCAUCAGGUUGUAGUCGUUUGGCGCUAAGAAUAGCAAGGGUUUCGUGUGUCGUUUCGAUUUACUCGAGGAACGCCGGCAGCGGCACUGACGGCGGGAUGGAAAAGGUGUCGCGGACGAUUGCAGUGCGCCAACAGCAGCCGCCCAAGACGAACCACGCAACGUCGCCGAAUAAGGUUGCAGCCAAGCUCAAGGCCGCCGCCAAACAGCCCGUCAAGACAAACAACAAAUUUGAGCUCGCCGAUGUAUUUGCUACGUCUCGGCUGCGAGAGCUGCAGAAGAACACCAAGAGCAGCGCUUGCAAGGUCAAACCUGCCGUGAAACCAGCGGGCGACACUCUAUCCAACCAGGGGGAGUCGAGCCCGACCAAACCUCGCUCGACAGGGGCAUUCAAGGUGCGGCCGAUCGAGAAGACCAAGUUCCGAUACUUUUACGACCGGGCGGACUUGCCGCUGCGCGUCAACUUUUCCGGCGCCGUUCGCAAAGUGCAAUGGCAAGUGGACAUCACGCAGAUCGACUACACGCACUACUUGCCGCUGUUCUUCGAAGGCCUGCGGGAACUCGACGAGCCAUACCGAUUUCUUGCGCUCAACGGGACGAUGGACAUGCUGGAAAAGGGCGGCGACCGCCCCCUCGCUUGCAUCCCGCACCUCGUGAUCCCGAUCAAACAGAACCUCAUGACGCGGCACCCCACGAUCCUGUGCAUCCAGAUGAAGGUCCUACAGAAACUCGUGCUUUCGUGUCCGUAUGCUGGCGAAGCCCUCGUGCCAUACUACCGCCAGAUCCUGACAAUUUUCAACUUGUUUGUGACCAAGCGAGUCAACUGCGGCGACGCCAUCGACUACGGCCAGCGGCGAGACGAGAACCUCGGUGACUUGAUCAUCGAGACGCUGUACAUUUUAGAACGGCACGGCGGCGAAGACGCCUUCGUCAACAUCAAGUAUAUGGUACCCACGUACGAAAGCUGCAUGGCAUAAGGUCGUCGCCGACACCCCGUGGGGACACACAAACUUGAUUCAACAAAUUCGCAAUAAAUACAAACGGCAUAGCAUCAUGUGCAUGGCGUACACUGCGUCGGCGGCCAUCGACACAGCAUCCCGAGGCCGCGCGUGGCAUACAUCUUUGCACACGCGUUGUUCGUGCUGUGCA